CAGAGCUCCAAUUGGAACAGCGGCCAUGAUACGCGCGCACCGCAGCCACCAACCCUAAACUCCACAACGCGCGCGCACCGAGACCAGAAAAUAUGUCGACGCCGACGAACCUACAAAAACACCCUGCCGCCGCCGCCCAUGCCACCGCCCAUCACGGCACGACGACGACGCCCAACGCGCUCGGCGCCUUCCCCUCGCCCGCCCCGCGCAGCGUGCCCUCGCCCGCCGCCACGCGCAAGGAGGCCGGCAAGUCGCCCUUCAACGCGUCGCACAGCCACACCAAGGGCCUGGUGGGCAGCUCGCCGGCCGCGGCCGCCAUCAGCUUCGACUCGCCUGGCGCCAUGGGGCUGGGGCUCGGCGCGCUGGGCGCGCUGGAUGGCGGCGUCGGCAUGGGCAUCAGUAUGAGCGGGAUGAGCGGGCUGGGGCUGGGCAUGGGCCUGGGGAGCUCCAUGGGCGGCCGCCCCGACGACACCGAGCAGCGCAAGCGCUUGGAGGGCAUUGUUGCGACGCUGAAGGCGCGCCCCGGCAGAGUCAGCAAGGAGGGCCUCGAGCGCUUGGCUAAACAGCUGGGCCUCUCGAGCGAGGUGCUCUCGGAUGCUAGCGGCGAGCAGGUGCUCCUGGCCCAUACGAGUAUCAUGCUGGAUGUCACUUUUCGCAGAAAUGCUGUCGAGAACGUCAGUGUCUCGUUUGGCGCUCUUUCUGAAGCUAUCCAGAAGCACGAGGAUUCGGCGGCGAGGAUCUUCAAGGAUGACUUGAGCCCGGCGCCCGGCGCGGCGAGCAUAAAUUUGUCGUUGGAGAAGUUUUCGAAAAAUCUCGAGCGGCUGGCCCGGUUGGACAAUCUCAGCAUUUUCAAGGAUGGCAAGCCCGAGGUCAGCUGCUUCGAGGCGAUCAAUGGCGUCUACACGAGUCUUCUCAAGCUGUUCGAGCAUGAGAAGAAGACUGCGAAAGCUUUGUUUGAUGCGUCUGGGUCGAAUGCUGACGAGAAGGCAGCACGCGAGGUCUUGUGCAAGAAGAGCGGAAGGCCCAGGAUGAACGUCAACAAGACCGUCGGCCUGUCCUGGGAGUAUUGGAUGGAGCGGAGAAGCGUCUUCAGCAAGCAUAGAAAAGCUCCCGAUGCGGACAACGACACGGCAAUGGAUAUCGACGACUCUGACGACGCAUCGUCUGACGAGUCUGCGGACAGAAUCUACUCUCUCACAAUCGAGUGUGAAUCGUCUCCAGCACAUCUGUACCCGUCCAUCCGCGUCAGCGAUUCGUGGGUAUCCGAUACAGUCGAGAAGGCGUCGGACCCCAACGAUCUCUUUGAUGCGUCGAUCAUCGACUGGCUGGAUCCGCCUCCAUCAUACUCUGGCGCAACAGACAGCGCACAAAACGACCCCAUGGCCCUGGACGGCAUGGGCAAGCUGCCCAACGUGCGCUUCGUCGCCAAGCUGAACCCGCCACUGGUCUUGCCGGCCAACACGGCGCAGCAGAUCCUGGCCUCAGUCAAUGCGCAGGUCAACGAGAACACGGUGCGCUGGGUCACGCUGGACGCGGGGAUACUGAAGCCGGAGGAAGAAGCCGCGGCCGCGGCGCUUGGGCCGCAGGAGCCAAAGCAAUACAGCAGUGUCAAGAACGUGCUGGUAGUGGAUGAGGACGGCAGGGAGCAUGAUCGUCGGCAUCAAAACACCCUGUUUGUCAACAAGCCCGAGUUCUGCCGCGUGGUCGACGAGAUCCCAUUCGAUCACCCGCGCCAGAUCACCCAGAUCCUGCCGAUCCUUCGCCAAUACGCGCACCUGACCAGCCUCCUCCAAGCAUCCUUCUGCAACGACGCCUCGCCCGCAGCCGCAGAAGCCGAAGCCGACGCCGCUAACCCCUCCCUCCCCAUCAGCAUCGGCGUCGCCGUCACCGGCCCCUCGCCCACCCUCACGGUCGUGUACCCCCGCUCCAACAGCGCCCCUCAACAAGACCAAGAUCAAAAUCAAGACCAAACGCCCCACCACCACGCCCCGAUCGAGACGCUGGACGCGCUGCUCGCGCCCGCCGCGCCGGCAGGGCUCGUCACGCUCGCCGCGUCGAUACUGCCGAAUGCGGAUGUCGCGAUCUCAGAGCAGAACUUGUUGGCGCCGCCGCUGGAGAGGGGUCAGGGGCAGGGGGAGGGGGAGGGGGCGGGAGAGCGCGUGCAGGAGGACCAGCGGAGGCGCAUUAGGGCGUUGGAGCGCUUGGGGAGGGCGCUGGAGCUGAGUGCUGAUGUCGGGGUUUGGGUGGAGUGGGCUGCGGGGAGGGGUGGGAGGCUUUAGGGGGAUGGGGAGGUAGGUAUGGGUUGACGCAAUGAGACGAGACGAGCUUCUGCGCGAACGACGGGUUGUGUUUUCGUUGGGCUAUGUGUGGUAGACUGAAGUUAAAGCUCGGGCAUAUGCGGAGAAGAAGCUAGGUACCUAUCAACCUAGGUAGAUCAUCAUCAGCAACCUAACCACCCUUUCUCUUUCUCUCUCUUCCUCUCCUUCCUCUCUCUUCCUCUUCCUCUUUCUUUCCUCUCCUCUAGUUCCCCCUCCCCCACCUUCUCAUUAGUUUCUUACUAAAACCACACGUUUUGCCUGUGUAGUUACUCUCUUCAUCCUACCUUGUCCACCCCGUCCUUAAUACGAACCCAUGACCCACCUCCGCAUCGCAUCACAUGGAAGUCGGGAG